GGGGAGCACCAACUCAACCUGCAGGGCGACAAACUCGGCCUAUCAAAACCACGCCUGCACCAAAAUAGCGGUACGGCACAAGUGACUGGUGCGGUACUGUUUGAUGCGGUACUGUACAACAUCUCUACGGGGAUCGUUGUCGGAACGAGAAGCAAACUUCAACCUCUUGCCUCCAACAACCACAAUUCUCUGAUCAAACGAUCAACAAACAGGCGGACAGCAACAAAAAAAAAGGGGGGGGGAGACAAGCGACAAAAUGGCCAAAAGAAAACGGGCGCAAAAUGUUCUCCCACCUACAAGCCCGGUGGGCUCGACACCGGGUACCGAUCCCCCGAAAUCUACAAUGGGAAAGAGUGCAAAGCCGCGAAUCAAAAGACCCAACGCAACAGUCUACGACGCCGUCGCUAGCCGUGUGAAUUAUGCCGGUAUGAUAAGAACUGGAUUCGAAGAUAAGCAUGGGGAGUUCCGGCGGCGGUCAACGAGGGCCGUGCCAGCGGAUGAGGUGCUUGCUAGGAGGAAGAACGCGCCUGAGGUGAUUCCCUACGGGGAGGGGAUUGAGGAGGCGUUGCCGGAUACUGUGAGUUUGCUCUGGGAGGGAGGGAGGGCUACGGAGGGGGCUAAUUUAGGGGUCUGUGGUAGGAUUUAUUAAUCGCGAUACAUCAGUACUCUUCGGAUUUUUAUGAGGCGAAUGGCAUGGGACCGGCGAGUUAUCGAUCAAUGGAUGAGACGGCUUUGUUGGGUAUUGGUGGGACUCUACUCCUUGAUAUCGUGGUUGGGAUUGAGCUGACAGGAUGUGUUUGUAUAUUUGAGUGAAGGCGUGCUGCUUGAGGAGACUGUUAGGACCUAUUUAGGGAAAGAAGGCGAACUUGCACUUAUUGAUGAAGAAGUCUUUGACCCGAUUGAUCCUUAUGACAUUCGUAAGCAGAGGUCCUUGGCAUAUUCGCAGAGCCAGAGAGAGGCGGCAAAUUUGAAGAGGGUGAAGGGUCAGACAGAGGGGAAGAAGAAGAAGAAGAAGAAGGUAAUCAAGAGUGAGGAUGAAGGGGUAGAAACCAAAGCUACAUUUGGAGUCGAAGUGAGAGAUGAUAGAGGAGGGGCUGCGGGUGAGAAAGAAGAGGAGUUCACAAAGGGACGGAGGAAGGGAAGCAGCCGAAGAAAGCAAGAAGUGCAGGGGGAAGGAUCAGGUCGACCAACUGGUGACUGAGGAAACGGAAGUAGGGGGUGAGGGUGGUAAUGCCGCUGAUCGUGGUGGUGGAGACAAUGAAAUGAUCAUAAACAGUGUUUAACUGAGAUGCUGCUGAUCAGGGGCAUAUGAGCUAAUUUAGGGUUGCGAUAUCGGUUUUUCUGUAACAUCCAUGCCUUUCCUGUGCUCACUUUAUCACAACGGGGGGCACACGAAACCACGCAUUUUUUUAUUUUUUUGCCCGGAUGGGAUUGGACUUGCUACCGUAAGGAGUUUUGAACUCCUUGCUAUUCUCACGGGACACCUAAGCCUAGUUAGAUUGAGGACGUCUAUUUCUUGCUGGCUCUUCGAGACUGGUGUUUGGCGUUUCUGAAGGGGUUGUGACUGGGGCAUCGUGAUUCGGCAUCCAUAGCGUGUCUGAUACAUAAUUUUCGCUCUACUCUCACUUUCAGCAUGGCUUUCUCUUGUAAGACGUCUACUGUAAAUAAUUCAGGGAAGGGCAUUUAAGCAUCUAACUUAAUUUUAGGUGGAUUAUUUGGUAGGCAAUCCAUAGCUCAAUCUAGGGGCGUGCUUGUGGAUUACUGCUGUGUUUGAUGUUUGUGUAAUUUUUCUGGAGAGGCUGCGUGGACUUAGCUUUUCUUUGGUGCGUGGGCUGUUCGCCUCCGAACCUUCUUGUUCUAUAUCAACUCCGUCGUCAUUGCCGCGAGUGAGCCUCGGCGGUGGCUU